GUUCAACACAAAAGACAAAACUGAGAAGUUUCUUCUGGUGUUCUCCGUUCAGCCUGGAGUUAUAAGAAUUCCUUUAAAGAUUUUUACCUCUGCAGAUUUAAUUAUUCUGAAAUCCUACAAUGGACACCGGGAAAGAACUACAGAAGUUACUUUCUGAAUAUGUUGUGGACACCCUCGAUCUCAUUCAGACAGUCAGAGACUUCUGUGACUCAGUAAAGAAUUGGACCCUUCAGAGAGAAACAGAGCUGAAGAGCAUCAGAGAUAUCAAAGAUCAAGCAUACAAAAUCAGUCUUAAGAUAAAUCACGUUGAGCAUUCAGAGAAUAAAGUCAAGGCUGUUGGCGAGUACCUGUGGAAUGGUUUGACAUAUUUUGUCAAAGCUGACUCCAAACGUCAGAAACUGGAGAAGAAGCUGGGGGAUGUCCUGAAAAACACAUUUGAGGGGCUGGAGAAACUUGACCACUUUCUGGAUGCAUUGGAGAAACUAACAGUUACCUCACGAAAUGUCUUCACUCAUCAAAGAGUCCUGCCGAAGCGAGAGAGCCCUGCAAAUGUGCAAUCGGUCAUCACAGCUGCCAGGAUGGUGUCUCCUCUCCUCCUCCACUUUAAACGAAAUAAUGAAACCUUCUUCAUUCCUGAUCUUAAUAAUGUGGAUGUCCUGACCUUUCAGCUAAACAAAUACAUACGUAUUACACAACAGAUUUGUAGAAAAAUGGAGAGAAAAUCUAAGAGUGUAUUAUGGCCUGGAGAUGAAGAUGGAUGUAAGAAGGAUGAGCCUUUAGAUGAGACCUCCAUGCAAAAACGGCUUGAUCAUCUAAACCAGUUGAGCCAAAUAAGGAUGGACCAUCACACCAGGCUGGCAUUUCUUUUUCAGGAUGAUGCUUUGAACUUCAUUGGUUUGUUCAGUAAGCGUCGGUCUGGGAUGGAGCAGUUCUUGUCAGAUCUGGAAGAAAGUGCAGUUCAGCUGGACAGGAUGAAGAAAGGGGCCAGUAUUUCUACUGUAGCUGGUAGUUCAUUGGGGAUAGCAGGAGGCGUCUUGUCCAUUGUUGGCCUUGCUCUUGCUCCUGUCACUGCAGGAGUGUCUUUGGCUCUCACCCUGACAGGGGUUGGUCUGGGGGUAACCAGUGGUGUCAAUAGUUUGGUCACCGGUAUCACUGAAACAGCAGUUAACAUUCACCAUGGUAAAAAUGCACGAAACAUUUUCCGAGAAUUCAUGAAUGAUACAAAUAAGAUGCAGUGCUGUUUGGAGCAGGCCAGUGUGAAGCAUGUAAAGGAUCUUGAUGUGGUUGAUAUUUUCAAAGCUGAGAAGGUUUUAGUCCGUGCUGUAGGAGUGGCCAAAGGUGUUGAUGCCCUGGUGGAUGCAGUCUCAGCUGUUAAAGUUCUCAAAAGUGAGCAGAUGGUUGCGACUGCAACCAAGAUAGGGCUGCAGGAGACACAAAGUACUCGUACCAUUUCUAAGCUUGCUACAGACUUGCCUGACAUUGGAAAGUUGGCAAAAGGGACACCACUAGCACUCUCAAAGUCAGCAAGAGCUGGGUUUAUUACAGUAAAUGCCCUAUUUAUUGGUUUGGAUUUUCUUUUUAUUUGUAAAGACAGCAUAAGUCUGGCAAAAGGGAGCAAGAGUGAAACAUCUCAGCUCAUCCGCUCCAGAGCAACUCUGUGGAAAUCUGAACUUGAGGCCUGGCAGAAGAUUUAUGAUUCCUUAUGCAUAGGAAUAUGGAGGUUUAGUAAGAACCAGAAAAUGUUGGAUCAAACCUUUGAUUCUGUGACAUAAAAUGUGUGUAAAUAUAUCUAAAUACAUAUAAAAUAUGUACAUUUUCAAUCAUUAUUUGAGCAUUCAAUAUUUGCAUUUUGAAUAUAUAAAAGCAUAUUUAGAAAAGCAAUA